GUGAUGCAUUUUGACAUUUACUGCUAAGGUGAAAUGCAGAAAUGAAAACCACCCAUCCAUUUUAUUAGUCUCAGAUGUGAUUAGAUGUACUUUAUCAAGUUUUUAUGCUACUGGCAUGUAAAAAAUAAAAAAAAAACACUAAAGAAGGGUACCAGCACAGCUAGACCUGCAAGCUCGGUACUUCUGGGGUGAUCUGAACAUCACAAGGAGAGAUUUUAUUGCAGCGUAUUCACACCUCAUCUGAGCCCUCAGCCUGGAUUCAUACACAGUCCCCUCCCUGGCAGUGGUCACCAGACACUCUCCCUUCCAGGAUGGCGGACAGUCUCCCUACAGAGUUUGAUGUGGUUGUUAUAGGGACAGGUUUGCCUGAAUCCAUCCUUGCAGCCGCCUGUUCAAGAAGUGGUCAGAGGGUCCUACAUCUUGAUGCGAGAAGUUACUAUGGAGGAAACUGGGCUAGUUUCACCUUUUCUGGAUUGCUCUCCUGGUUGAAAGAGUGUCGGCAAAGCAGUGACAUCAGGGACGGGAGCACCGCUGCGUGGCAAGACCUGAUCCGGGAAACGGAAGGAGCCAUCUGCCUUCGUAGGAGGGAUGAAACCAUUCAGCACACAGAAGUGUUUUGUUAUGCCGCUGAGGACGUGGGUGACAACACUGAAGAGAUUAAUGAUUCGCAGGGAAGUCCUUCCUUUGGAGCAUCUAGUACCCUCACUAAGCCUUUGGAUUCUGCACGCCUGACUGCAGAAACACACUCAUCCGUUACCAGCUGCAAAAGGCCUGCCAAAGACACUCCAGACAACGAUGGGGACAUCUUACUAGAAGUAACUGAUACAAAGGAAACUCAGGCGAAAGAGAAAAAAUUCCAUGGAGGUAACACCUGUGUACACACAGUUCCAGACAGAGAUAAAGAUGAAAACAAUCCCAUAGUAGAAAGCAAUGCUGAUCGGCCAAAGAGAAACAGGAUUACUUACUCUCAAAUCGUUAAAGAAGGCAGGAGGUUUAAUAUUGACUUGGUAUCAAAGUUGCUGUAUUCGCAAGGAUUGCUGAUUGAUCUUUUAAUCAAGUCAAAUGUUAGUCGUUACGCUGAAUUUAAAAAUGUCACUAGGAUUCUUGCUUUUCGAGAAGGAAAAGUAGAACAGGUGCCUUGCUCCAGAGCAGAUGUCUUCAAUAGCAAAGAACUCACUAUGGUAGAAAAGAGGAUGCUAAUGAAGUUUCUUACAUUUUGUUUAGACUAUGAACAGCAUCCUGAUGAAUACCAGGAUUUCGUACAGUGCUCAUUUGCAGAGUACUUAACUACGAAAAAACUCACCCCCAACCUCCAACAUUUUAUACUACACUCAAUCGCGAUGACAGAGUCGUCCUGCACCACAAUAGAUGGCCUUAAAGCAACAAAAAACUUCCUUCGGUGUCUUGGACGGUUUGGCAACACUCCGUUUUUGUUUCCCUUGUACGGCCAAGGAGAAAUUCCCCAGUGUUUCUGCAGAAUGUGUGCGGUUUUUGGUGGAAUCUAUUGUCUUCGCCAUCAAGUACAGUGCCUUGUGGUCGACAAAGAAUCCGGAAGAUGCAAAGCAAUUAUUGAUCACUUUGGCCAAAGAAUAAAUGCUCAGCAUUUCAUUGUGGAGGAUAGCUACCUCUCUGAGGACACAUGCUUGAGCGUGCAGUAUAAGCAGAUCUCCAGGGCAGUGCUCAUUACAGAUCGAUCCGUACUGAAGACAGAGUCAGAUCAGCAGAUUUCCAUUUUGAUGGUGCCUCCAGUAGAACCAGGGACGUGUGCCGUGCAGGUCACUGAAUUGUGUUCUUCAACUAUGACAUGCAUGAAAGACACCUAUCUGGUACAUCUGACCUGUUCAUCUUCUAAAACAGCAAGAGAAGACCUGGAGCCAGUGGCGAAGAAGUUGUUCACCCCAUGGGUUGAAACAGAAAUAGACAAGGAAGAGCUUACAAAGCCAAGGCUCUUGUGGGCCCUUUAUUUUAAUAUGAGAGACUCCUCAGGAAUCAGCAGGGGCUCAUAUAAUGGCUUACCUUGCAAUGUUUAUGUCUGCUCUGGGCCUGACUGGGGACUGGGAAGUGAGCAUGCGGUCAAGCAAGCCGAAACCCUUUUCCGGGAGAUCUUUCCGGGUAAAGAAUUCUGCCCCCCACCUCCAAAUCCAGAAGACAUUGUUUACGAUAGUGAUGAUAAGCAACCAGAGGCUUCUGGAACCAAUAGUGUAUUAAUGGCCAAACUGGAGCUCUCUGAAGGAAGCAAAAACACAGAAAGUCUUCAAAAUUAGAAGAAGGGAACUGGAAAUGCUACUUUGGACCUUCAUCCUAGCAUCAGGGUAUUCUCAUUAAAGGACAGUUUCUUAUAUGAGAAAUCAGAAGUGGUUAUACGAUGAAUGUAGGCAGAUGUAGACUUUAAUUCUCUUUGAGACAUUUCAGCCAUUGGGUGUCUUUAUUAACCUUUCAGUAACUGACUUAUUGGUUAUUGCACUGUUCGUUUCAGCGUGUACUCCAUGAUCCAGAAUCCUAAACAGAGUUAGCUUUAUUUUAGUAUUGGGUAUUUAUGUGAGGGUUCCAUAUUAGCAACUGUGCUUAAAGGAAGGUGGUAUUAUAUAUGCUAAUGAGCUUCAGGUGUUAUUGUCUACAAUGACAAUGUCUGAGGAGUAUUUUACUUUGCAGCUAUUACUGUUGCUGCCACCUGUGAAUGAAACCCACAUGCAGUGGAUCAUGUGGGUCUCUUGUAUAUAAUAUAAACGUAUGUACACAGUAGCAAUAGCAACUAAUGCAAAUGCCAAUAUAAAAUACAUUUGUCUAAUUAAAAGAUUAGCUUUGCACGAUCCUGUAUUUGUGAAGGUCUGAUGUUUAUAUGUCUUACUAUUGAAUUUUCCCCUACUUGACCCUUGCACCCCAUGAGGCAACAUUGCCACCACAAUCUUCUACAUCCAAAAAAGUCCCCAGAGGUCCCUUGUUGAAGAGCUCACCCAUGGGAGGUUCGGUCCCAAGACAGUCUAGGGCAUGAGAUUAGUCCUGGUUUAAUACUUCAGAAAAUUUCUGCAGAACCCUGCUCUGGCAACUAAAAGAGAAGAAUAUUCAAAGAGUAACUCAGGCCAAAAGAAAAUAUAACUUUCCCCAGGAAAAAGACACUUCAGAAUGACUGUUCAGAAAUUCCUAAGGAGAAACCAGGGCAGUCCGGUUUCGAUCUGCAGCUGACUCCGAGCUUUCUCAGUGAGGGCAAGCAUGCCUCCUUGUUGACUCUGCAUCUGUAGUGAGCACCACCAACUACAACUGAGAGGAGUGAAUCUAAGAAGGACAUACUACGUCCUUUCCGAUGUGCCCCAUCCCACACACAGUGAGUAACCACCCCAUAAUUGUUUCUGCCUCUUGGCUGUUAUCUAUGCAGAGGGGAGAAAUACAUAAUUUAUCCAGAACCGCCGGAAGUUGGAAAGCUGAUGUUCCUGCAGCAGUAAAAUCCUGUGGAGCUGUCGCAGGAGGUAAACAUCCUUCCCUGUUAGUCCCUUUUGCGUCCCUCAGUUGGAGAAUGGUGGUCCUCUAGGGAGAGGGCCCUGCGGUGCCAGUUUUUGUUCUGCAUGUGAGCUUUCACAGUGACCUGGACACUUAUCCUGCUCUCUCAUUAAGGUUUCUCAACCCUGAGAGGCAGAAGUUACUGAAUACAUUUUCAAAGACAAAAUAAAGACUUAAUUCACAAUUUGCUCAGAGUCUGGCGAGGGGAAGAGCUGACAUCGGAAUCCAGGCUUUCUUGAUCUCAGUCUUCCGCCCAACAUUAAGUGUCAGAGGAGUGCGGUGCCGAGGGGGGGAAAAAUGCCCAUGACAUCAGUCUAGUGUUGCUGGUGAAGAAAGGCUGGCAGAAAUUGGUCUCUCAGCUUUAAUCGAAGCAGAGAAAGGUGAAGAUCCAGGAAGCCCUGGCCGGUGUGGGUCAGUUGGAGCAUCUGCACCCCAAAAAGGCUGAAGGUUCCAUCCUGGGUAAGGGUGCAUGUAAGAGGCAACUGAUGGGUGUUUCUUUCUCCCCCUUCCUCUCUAAUUAAAAAUGUAGCUUAGAGCUGAGUAUUUAUUGAAACAGAAUUUGGCUAAGUUUUUAACAAAAUAAUGCUUCUUCAUGUAUCUUUUGACCUGAACACGGUGGCAUAAAAAAUUUAGUUGUACGAAGCCAAAAAUAUGCUCUGAAUAGUCCUGCUGCUCUUCUGUAUGUGAGGAAAAUGAAAUAAGACUUCAGUAAUUUACACCUUAUUGGAAGCAGAGAAGCCAUAAUUUGGUAUUAAUAUUUAUAUAUAUUUUUAAUAUAACAAAGUGGUUUUAUUCGGUGGAUCCUAAAGUUUCAGUUCAGCCAAAAUGUCUGAAAUAAACCUAAAAGUCAUUAAAAUGAAAAAGAAUUUAAGAUGAUAAAUAAAAUGUAGGUGAAGGUAACCCAGAUCCACUGAAAAAAAAUCAGUGUGGAUAUUAUUCAUAAGAAUUGAGAGAAGAAGCCAUGAGGGGAGAAGUUGCAAAAAAUGCUAGAGCUAGACGUAGUAGAAACAAAAAAAAUAUAUGUUAAACUAGUCCAAAAUGAAGGUAGUUUAAAAAACUACUUGAGUGCAAAGCAAAUCAAAUGAGAAAAGUUAUAACCAAUAAAAAGCCUUAAAAGUUAGGGGAUAUUGUAACCUAGUAUAAUUUUAGAAUCUUACCCUAAUGGGCUUAUUACUGUAUUUUUUCAAAUGCUCAAGGAAUAAAUAAUAUAUUUAUGUAUCAUUAAAGAUGAUACACUCAUAUUUGCAUUUUGAAGUAAUAUGGCCUUAAUGCUAGAAGUCAAACAUUUUGAAAAAGGUCUGAUUCUGAACAAAUGCAAAAUGGAAGAGACAGUCAAAUAAUACACAACAAACACAGUGCAGGCGAACCUCAUUUUACUGCACUUUGCUUUAGGCACUUUGUAGAUCUUACUUUUUCACAAAUUGAAAGUAAGACCCUCCAUCAGCAAAAAGAGGAGGACUUGCAUUUUUUUAGCAAUUAAAUGUUUUUAGACAUAAUGUGUACAGUUAAUGGACUGCAGUAUAGCAUAAAUGUAACUUUUGUAUGCACCAAGAAACCAAAACAUGCACGUAAUUUGACUUCAUUGGAAUAUUCACUUUAUUGUGUAACUGAGCCCACAAUAGCUCUGAGGUAUACCUGUAAUUGUUUUCUACAACUCAGGAUUAUAAAGCCAAUGCUCAACUGAGCAAAAUAGUAAAAAAUUCAAAAUACACAUUAAAAAUCUGAAUCACAUCAUUCAUCUUUGACUUAAUUAUCUCUGGUAAGGAUUUUAUUAGUUUCUCAUAGUGUGAUAAAUAACUUCUUAAAACCAAGAACUAACAUUCCUAUUAGUCAAAUAUAUAGAAAAUAUUUCUCAAUCAGAAAUUAAACCACCUUGACACCACUUUUAUUUAUAUAUGGUUGAAGGAGCUUGUGAUAAAAUCUUAAUGAGCAUUCACAAAGUGGGAAAGAUGAGGGAAGAAAGCAGCACAAAUAUUUUCUAUAGCAUGGUUUUGUAACUAGUGAAACCUUCAUAUAUAAACAUACAGUAAAAGACUAACUCAGGGAGUUGCGGAAUAUACAAUCGUUAAAAAAUUCAUUUCUAGAUUUCCUCAGUGACAAGCUAAAAUUUUUAAAGCGUUAUACAACAAUAUUGGGAUAAAUUAAGCAUCCCAAUACAGCAAUAUUGGGAUGCUCAUGUAGAAGCAGGCUGAAGGAACUACAUCCCAGUAUAAUGGAAAAGAAGGAAAUAGGGAGUUGGAAAACCAAAAUUAGAGGCAUCACUUUACUACUCACCAGUUGUAUAAUCUUGGGAGAAUCACUCCUACCUUCUAUUUCAUCUAUAAAAUAGAAAUAAUACUUUGCGGCAUUAUUCUGAGGGUUAAAUUAAUGUACAUGAAAUGUCCAAAGGAAUGGGAAUGGCUAACAUUAGCAGGUAGAUUUACUGUACUGCCACUUAACAUUCCAACUAGAUGUUUUAGAAGAUAAUUUGCCAGAAUUGUGAUAAAUUAUUUAAAAAAAUAAACAAAGAAAGAUAUGUCUUUUUAACUUAGGGGGGAAAAUGGGAGUCAUACCUCAAAUUCUUAAAAUGUGCUAUUAAGCAAACUUUCUAAAUGUACUAAGUAGAAGGUCUAAGACUAAUAAGGCAACUGGAAAGAAAUAAAUACAUAAUAACUGCCAGUGGAAAGACUAGCUGGAUGUCAGUAUGAAAAAAGAAAUUAGACUCAAAUUGUAUAAUAACAAUUCAUUCCAGAUUAAUUAAAACAUUAAGUGUCGAGUUAGAAUUAAACACUACAGUUCUCAUCCCAAUAAGGAUACAAAGGAAACAUUAUGGCAAUGAAAAUCAUUAUGUAGGUGAGGUUAACUAAGAGAAAAAUUAAAAAUAGAAAUAUUAAAAAGAAGACAAAUGGAUUUAGAAAAACUACUUACAUUAUAUAUGGGUUAAAUGCUUAGUAUUUUUCAAAAAGGAGGUGCAAAUCCAUAAAAUUUUCUACUUUCUACUAGGCAAAUUUAUUAAAGGGUUAGGUACAAAUGAGAAAAUACAAAUAAAACUAAAUUCUUAGAAUGAUAUCCAGAGUCCCUAAUAUUAAAAAUGCAAGUCGAAACAACUUUGACCUAAUUCAUGCUAAUAGCAAAAAAUUUUCAACUACAUGUUUCCUCAUUCCAGUAGCAUUGUUAUAUUAGUAGUGUUUUUUAAAGGACUAUUUAGAAAAUUAUAAGAGCUCUAUAACCAAUCUAUGUUUUGAUAGGUCUAACUCACUUUGAGAAGCAUAUAUCCAGGAAGAUAAAAGAAAAAAACUACUUGUAUAAAGAUAUUUCUAGUAAUUCCAUUCAUUCAAGUUUUUUUUAAAAGACCAAUAAUUGGCAAAUGUAUAAGUAACAUUUUGUAUAUUGCUAUUGCUAUCAAAAACUGUUAUGUAACCAUGAAAUAAUAUUUAUAUAUGUAAAAUUAUAUAGAAGAUGUUUAAAUGAAACUCAAAGUGUUAGAACAUAAGUUAUUAUAUUUACUGUUUAUAUUUAUGUACACUGAAAAGAAUCCGGAGAAAAUGUAAUUAAUGGGAAUUUAACAUUAUGGGGUUCUUUAUUUUUUUCUGUGAAAUGCUGAUGUCUGCAAUGAAAAAUAAA